AUGCCCCACACAGAGCCCGACCACCUUGUCAUCACGGCCGCCACCCUUGACGCCGGCGUCGCUUGGGUCGAGGAGCGACUCGGUGUCUCGCUCUCGCCACGGCGAGGCGGGCAGCAUGACCGGCAGGGAACCCACAACGCACUCCUCUCCCUCGGGCCCGACUUCUAUCUCGAGGUGAUCGCGAUCAACCCCGAUGCACCAGUGCCCGACCACCCACGCUGGUUCGGGAUGGACACGGUCGGGCCCGAGCCGCGUCUGCACCACUGGGUGUGCCGUACUUCCAACCUCGCGGAUGCGCUUGAGAAGAGCGCAAUCAAACCCGGCGAGAUUGAGCAGAUGUCGCGCGGCACGUUGCGGUGGCUCAUCACCAUCGCACCUGACGGGCAGCUGAAGGCCGACGGAACGAUGCCCUCCCUCAUCGAAUGGCAGAGCAAGCCCCACCCCGCCGCAGGUCUUGAGGACAAGGGAUACCGGCUCCAGAAGCUCGAGGUCCACCACCCUCGCGCGCAGGAGGUCAAGGCGUCGCUCUCGGCCGCCGGCAUGUUGGAUACACGGGUCGAGUUCGCGACGGGUGGGCCAAUGCUCUCCGCGACGAUCCAGACACCAAGUGGGCCGCGGGUGCUGGGAUGA